AUGGCAAUUGCAUCGUCUCUGGACCUCAACUCGCUCGAUAAUCUGUCGCGCACCUGUCGCCAGGUCCGCGAGGGCUUGCUGCAGUAUCGCAACCCCCUCGUCGCCCAUACCCUGCACUGCGAGAACGAAGACGUCGCUGUCGACCCUGAGGACACCUUCCGUUAUCGUGCCCGCGCAGGCAAUUACUACUACAAUGAGGAUGGGCGCGCUGGCUACAGCUACAGUGGCAAGAGUGGGCAUUGCGCCAGGGAUUUGGUUGCGGAGUGUCGACGGUGCUCGAGGGUUGUGUGUCGGAAUUGUGCGAUCAAGCCUCCGGCAUCGAUUAUGGUCCGCGAUCGACACCGGCGACUUUGUGUACCAUGUACUAAGGCAACCCUCGGCGCUCUGGUCAAGCCGCCGUUGCUGGCGAGCACGCCCGCCGAUUCCCCCGUCAUGAAACGAGAAAUAUGCACGUGCGAGAGCGACGGCGUCUGGUUGUGCCAACCGUGUGGGAGGUGUAUCAGGGGUGCAGAUGGAGAUUACAAAUCCUUAUGGAAUUGGCGAAUGCAGUACGGCGAAGUACUCGGUGGGCUCGGCACCGGGAUCGGCGACGGCGACCGCGGCGUAAUUUGCGGACGAGACAGCGAAUGCUGCAACGCCAAGGAGAAAGAGCACGAGACAGACUGCGACGCCGAGGACGCCCGCGAGCUGGAGCGCGGCUCGCCGCCCUCGCCGCCCUGGGUCACGCCUUCGCCCUCGGGGUCGCAGAGAACUCCGUCGCCGCAGCUGGGUCCGGGAUAUACCCGGCAGGAAAUCGAGGGGAUAGGGGGCGUGGUCAAGACGGUCAGGGUCACUAUGGUCCGCGUAGGUGCCUGCGUGCCCGAAUGGGAGGACGAGAAAAACAGUGGCCGGAUAUUGGGUCGCGAAGUCAGCGGACAGGCCCGGAGUUGGUGCGGUUGGUGCUGGCGAGUCAUUCCUGGGAAGAAAGACUAUGAGACGGCGAAGACCGCUUCUCCGACGUAA